GGCGGAUUUCUCGCAUUGCCGCCCGAUGAUCGUCUGUAGGCUUAUUUUGCUCUAACGGCCACCCAGGUGGAGAUCCCCAGUCAAGAUGCUUCAAGAUGACGGCACGCAAGAUACUGUCCAGACACAACUGUGAUCCUCGUUCUCGGGCUGGUUGUGUCCAGUAGGCUAAGCCCGGCACAUUGCUAUCCGUCCAAUCACAUAUAAAGGCUGUCGUGUUUGGCGGUCACCUCUUCAUCAAACCAACCUACAACUUUCAAGUCCCACUUACUUCAGCUCACAACCCAUCUUACCAUGCAGAGCGGCACUCGCAAGAUCUUUAACGUCCUGUACUCCAACCAGGUCGUUGACCUGCAGUACGGCAGCAGCGCCGAAGGCACUCCUAUCGUCGGCUAUGAAAAUGCCACCACCACAAACCCGCACCAGCGCUGGGAUGUGCAAAUCCUCGAUCAGGACGAGGAAGGCAACAAUAUUACCGUCAGAUUGGCCAACAACGGAACCGGAACCUACAUGAGGGCCGAGCCAGAGAGGCUGGGCCAAGGCGUCUUCGGCAGCACCAUCGCCACGAAGUGGACCCUUGUCAAACAGAACGACAUGGGACAAUACAUGAUCCAAGGCCAAGAGGGAGAAUUGGUUUGCGCCCUCAGCAGCGGCAACAACCUCACUCAGAUCAAGCUCGCUGUCCCAGACAACAGUGACAACAGCCAGCUUUGGCUCUUGGAUGACAACUAAGCGAAGCUGUAGCUUGUGAAAGAAUGACUGGCGAAUGGCGUAACAAACCUUAUGUACACACAUC